UUUAAUUUUUCGAUAUCUAUGCCCUCAGGAAAAGAGUAAAACGUGUCGCUUCAUGCUCAAAUUACUUCUCCUUAAAACUCCUCGCACCGCUCAUCGCCGCCACCGUAAACUAGGGUUUUCAACAAACCGUUUACAAUUUCCAUCCAAAAAAAAUGGAAGAAAAAGGCACGAUAACAAGCCCUAAAACCAUACAAGAACUCGCCGUAGAAGGUCAAAAGCAUUUAGAAGACACAAUAGAAGCCGCACAUCAAAUCCUCUCCGCUAUGAACGACGAACUCUGUAACCCAUCACUUUGGUCCACUCCAAAUCCGUCAACUACAACCUCUCCGUCCCCGGCAGCGCCGGCGCUGGCCGCGGGUGGUGGUGGUUUGAGUAAUGGACAGCAGCAGCAUUUAAACGGGGAUGUUUUAUCGGAUACGUCGUCGUCUUCUUCGGCUUCGGCCUCGGCUUCGGCUCAGCAUUUGGAUAUUGGUGGAGGUGCGCUUGAAGAAUCGCGGUUACGUUAUAAGUUAUCUGUUGCUUGGUUGCGUUCUGUUCUUACGGCGAUUGCUAAUUCACAGAAGGCAAAAGCAUUGGAAGCUGCUUCCGCCAGUGGUUCACUAUCUGCCGCAGAUCAAGCUGAAAUUGAACAGCUUGAGGACCGGGCCUCUACAUUAAAAAAGGAGCUUGUUGACAAGAACAAGCAUCUCAAGCUUCUGAUUGAUCAGCUUCGAGAACUUCUUUCUGACCGAUCAACAUGGCAGAGUCCCUGUUCUACAUGACUGCUCCUAUAACUUUAAGCAGAUAAGAUGUUAGAGAUGCCAAAGGGAAUUGUAUUCAACCCUAAGUCUCUCUCCCCCCCCCCCUUUUGUACAGAGUUUACUGUUAGACAAACAAUUGGUCGUCGCGCAUGCCUCCAAUAAUGCUGCUCGUGGUGCUACCAUUGUUUAUGUUUAGAUGGUCUGUCUGGUCUGAAAUGAGGUGAAAUUGUGUAGAAUAUAACAUGUUAGAGUGGGAAGACUGAAGAGGUAAAAGGAGAAACCUUAUAAUGUUUAUUUUGGGUAAACUAAUUGUAUUGUUGCAGCUAA